GUGCGUACCAUACUGUACUGCUGAGGAGCGACGGGACGGCCGUGGCCUGCGGCUACAAUGACGUCGGCCAGUGCGACGUCCCGGCGCUGGGUGGAGGAGGCCUGACCUACACGCAGGCCGCUGCGGGAUACGCUCACACCGUGCUGCUGAGGAGCGACGGGACGGCCGUGGCCUGCGGCCGCAAUGCCUUCGGCCAGUGCGACGUCCCGGCGCUGGGUGGAGGAGGCCUGACUUACGCGCAGGCCGCUGCGGGCUGGUUUCACACCGUGCUGCUGAGGAGCGACGGGACGGCCGCGGCCUGCGGCGACAAUGGCCACGGCCAGUGCGACGUCCCGGCGCUGCGUGGAGAAGGCCUGACUUACACGCAGGCCGCUGCGGGAUGGCGUCACACCGUGCUGCUGAGGAGCGACGGGACGGCCGCGGCCUGCGGCGACAAUGGCCACGGCCAGUGCGACGUCCCGGCGCUGCGUGGAGAAGGCCUGACUUACACGCAGGCCGCUGCGGGUGGGCUUCACACCGUGCUGCUGAGGAGCGACGGGACGGCCGUGGCCUGCGGCGUGAAAAUUUGGGGCCAGUGCGACGUCCCGGCGCUGCGUGGAGAAGGCCUGACUUACACGCAGGCCGCUGCGGGAUGGCGUCACACCGUGCUGCUGAGGAGCGACGGGACGGCCCUGGCCUGCGGCGACAAUGGCCACGGCCAGUGCGACGUCCCGGCGCUGCGUGGAGGAGGCCUGACUUACACGCAGGCCGCUGCGGGUUGGCAUCGCGCCGUGCUGCUGAGGAGCGACGGGACGGCCGUGGCCUGCGGCGCCAAUGUCUACGGCCAGUGCGGCCUGCCCUCUCUGAUCCGAUGGACGGACUGGCUGCUGCGCCGGACCUCCCGUCUCCGGUACGUGGCGUGCUCCUCGCCAGCAGGUGCGUUGCCGACGCUGGUUCUGCAGGCGUCUUUCGACGGCGCCUCGGUGCAGUUCCUGACCCUGGGCGGGGCGGAGUUCGACCGAGUCCCGGCGGCGCCCGCCGAUCGCCUGGCGGACGUGCACGCCCGGCUGCUGGCCGGCCGCCUCGCGCGCACGCUGGGCUCCAGGUUCGCCGCGGCCGACGCCGUCCUGCCGGGGGGCGGGCUGCUGAGCCGGGCCCCCGCCGGAGAGACCUGCGCAGGCGCGUUCGGGCGCGCCGAGGUCAGGGCCCUCGCGCGGGAGUUGCAUCGGGCGGUGCACGCCGCGGCGCACUUGCCACCAGGCCAGCUCCAGCCCGUCCAAGGCCGCUGCGGGUACGCUCACACCGUGCUGCUGCGGAGCGACGGGACGGCCGUGGCCUGCAGCGACAAUCCAGUCGGCCAGUGCGACGUCCCGGCGCUGGGUGGAGGAGGCCUGACUUACACGCAGGCCGCUGCGGGUUGGUUUCACACCGUGCUGCUGCGGAGCGACGGGCCGCUGCGGGUUGGUAUCACACCGUGCUGCGAGCCCCUGGCCUGCGGCGACAAUGGCGACGGCCAGUGCGACGUCCCGGCGCUGGGUGGAGGAGGCCUGACUUACACGCAGGCCGCUGCGGGUUGGUUUCACACCGUGCUGCUGCGGAGCGACGGGACGGCCGUGGCCUGCGGCGGCAAUCCAGUCGGCCAGUGCGACGUCCGGAGCGACGGGACGGCCGUGGCCUGCGGCUCCAAUGAAGUCGGCCAGUGCAACGUCCCGGCGCUGGGUGGAAGAGGCCUGACUUACACGCAGGCCGUUGCGGGUGGCUAUCACACCGUGCUGCUGAGGAACGACGGGACGGCCCUGGCCUGCGGAGGCAAUGGCUUCGGGCAGUGCGGCGUCCCGGCGCUGGGUGGAGGAGGCCUGACCUACACGCAGGCCGCUGCGGGUGUCGAUCACACCGUGCUGCUGAGGAGCGACGGGACGGCCGUGGCCUGCGGCGACAAUGGCAGCGGCCAGUGCGACGUCCCGGCGCUGCGUGGAGGAGGCCUGACUUACACGCAGGUCGCUGCGGGUUGGCAGCACACCGUGCUGCUGAGGAACGACGGGACGGCCGUGGCCUGCGGCACCAAUACCUUCGGCCAGUGCGGCCUGCCCUCUCUGAUCCGAUGGACGGACUGGCUGCCGCGCCGGACCUCCCGUCUCCGGUACGUGGCGUGCUCCUCGCCGGCAGGUGCGCUGCCGACGCUGGUCCUGCAGGCGUCUUUCGACGGCGCCUCGGUGCAGUUCCUGACCCUGGGCGGGGCGGAGUUCGACCGAGUCCCGGCGGCGCCCGCCGAUCGCCUGGCUGACGUGCACGCCCGGCUGCUGGCCGGCCGCCUCGCGCGCGCGCUGGGCUCCAGGUUCGCCGCGGCCGACGCCGUCCUGCCGGGGGGCGGGCUGCUGAGCCGGGCCCCCGCCGGAGAGACUUGCGCAGGCGCGUUCGGGCGCGCCGAGGUCAGGGCCCUCGCGCGGGAGUUGCAUCGGGCGGUGCACGCCGCGGCGCACUUGCCACCAGGCCAGCUCCAGCCCGUCCAAGGUGCGUACCAUACUGUACUGCUGAGGAGCGACGGGACGGCCGUGGCCUGCGGCCACAAUGGCCACGGCCAGUGCGACGUCCCGGCGCUGGGUGGAGGAGGCCUGACUUACACGCAGGCCGCUGCGGGUGGCUAUCACACCGUGCUGCUGAGGAGCGACGGGACGGCCCUGGCCUGCGGCCACAAUGCCUACGGCCAGUGCGACGUCCCGGCGCUGGGUGGAGGAGGCCUGACUUACACGCAGGCCGUUGCGGGUUGGCAGCACACCGUGCUGCUGAGGAGCGACGGGACGGCCGUGGCCUGCGGCUACAAUGGCGACGGCCAGUGCGACGUCCCGGCGCUGGGUGGAGGAGGCCUGACUUACACGCAGGCCGCUGCGGGUGCCCAUCACACCGUGCUGCUGAGGAGCGACGGGACGGCCGUGGCCUGCGGCUACAAUGCUGCCUUCGGCCAGUGCGACGUCCGGCGCUGGGUGGAGAAGCGACGGGACGGCCGUGGCCUGCGGCUACACAAUGGCAGCGGCCAGUGCGAUGUCCUGGCGCUGCGUGGAGAAGGCCUGACGUACACGCAGGCCGCUGCGGGUGGCUAUCACACCGUGCUGCUGAGGAGCGACGGGACGGCCCUGGCCUGCGGCGGCGGCGAUGGCUUCGGCCAGUGCGACGUCCCGGCGUUGCGUGGAGGAGGCCUGACUUACACGCAGGUCGCUGCGGGUUGGCAGCACACCGUGCUGCUGAGGAACGACGGGACGGCCGUGGCCUGCGGCGCCAAUUUCUUCGGCCAGUGCGGCCUGCCCUCUCUGAUCCGAUGGACGGACUGGCUGCCGCGCCGGACCUCCCGUCUCCGGUACGUGGCGUGCUCCUCGCCGGCAGGUGCGCUGCCGACGCUGGUCCUGCAGGCGUCUUUCGACGGCGCCUCGGUGCAGUUCCUGACCCUGGGCGGGGCGGAGUUCGACCGAGUCCCGGCGGCGCCCGCCGAUCGCCUGGCUGACGUGCACGCCCGGCUGCUGGCCGGCCGCCUCGCGCGCACGCUGGGCUCCAGGUUCGCCGCGGCCGACGCCGUCCUGCCGGGGGGCGGGCUGCUGAGCGGGGCCCCCGCCGGAGAGACCUGCGCAGGCGCGUUCGGGCGCGCCGAGGUCAGGGCCUUUGCGCGGGAGUUGCAUCGGGCGGUGCACGCCGCGGCGCACUUGCCACCAGGCCAGCUCCAGCCCGUCCAAGGUGCGUACCAUACUGUACUGCUGAGGAGCGACGGGACGGCCGUGGCCUGCGGCUACAAUGACGUCGGCCAGUGCGACGUCCCGGCGCUGGGUGGAGGAGGCCUGACCUACACGCAGGCCGCUGCGGGAUACGCUCACACCGUGCUGCUGAGGAGCGACGGGACGGCCGUGGCCUGCGGCUCCAAUGAAGUCGGCCAGUGCGACGUCCCGGCGCUGGGUGGAGGAGGCCUGACUUACACGCAGGCCGCUGCGGGUUGGUUUCACACCGUGCUGCUGACGGGCAACUUUCCAAGGAGCGACGGGACGUCCGUGGCCUGCGGCCACAAUAGCGACGGCCAGUGCGACGUCCCGGCGCUGGGUGGAGGAGGCCUGACUUCCACGCAGGUCGCUGCGGGUGGCGAUCACACCGUGCUGCUGAGGAGCGACGGGACGGCCCUGGCCUGCGGCCACAAUUUCUACGGCCAGUGCGACGUCCCGGCGCUGGGUGGAGGAGGCCUGACUUACACGCAGGCCGCUGCGGGUUGGUUUCACACCGUGCUGCUGCGGAGCGACGGGACGGCCGUGGCCUGCGGCGGCAAUCCAGUCGGCCAGUGCGACGUCCGGAGCGACGGGACGGCCGUGGCCUGCGGCUCCAAUGAAGUCGGCCAGUGCAACGUCCCGGCGCUGGGUGGAAGAGGCCUGACUUACACGCAGGCCGCUGCGGGUGGCUAUCACACCGUGCUGCUGAGGAGCGACGGGACGGCCCUGGCCUGCGGAGGCAAUGGCUUCGGGCAGUGCGGCGUCCCGGCGCUGGGUGGAGGAGGCCUGACCUACACGCAGGCCGCUGCGGGUGUCGAUCACACCGUGCUGCUGAGGAGCGACGGGACGGCCGUGGCCUGCGGCGACAAUGGCAGCGGCCAGUGCGACGUCCCGGCGCUGCGUGGAGGAGGCCUGACUUACACGCAGGUCGCUGCGGGUUGGCAGCACACCGUGCUGCUGAGGAACGACGGGACGGCCGUGGCCUGCGGCACCAAUACUUUCGGCCAGUGCGGCCUGCCCUCUCUGAUCCGAUGGACGGACUGGCUGCCGCGCCGGACCUCCCGUCUCCGGUACGUGGCGUGCUCCUCGCCGGCAGGUGCGCUGCCGACGCUGGUCCUGCAGGCGUCUUUCGACGGCGCCUCGGUGCAGUUCCUGACCCUGGGCGGGGCGGAGUUCGACCGAGUCCCGGCGGCGCCCGCCGAUCGCCUGGCGGACGUGCACGCCCGGCUGCUGGCCGGCCGCCUCGCGCGCACGCUGGGCUCCAGGCUCGCCGCGGCCGACGCCGUCCUGCCGGGGGGCGGGCUGCUGAGCCGGGCCCCCGCCGGAGAGACCUGCGCAGGAGCGUUCGGGCGCGCCGAGGCAGAGACAUGGGACAUCGCAGAGGGUAAAUUAGAUUUGAUCGAAGACGCCUACGGUAAUCCAUCAGUGCUUGCAGCACUGUGGUCCGUUGGGAAGCCCUUGAACCGCAUCAGGGAGACCACCGACAGGCGACUCCACAGGACCAGUCACCGCCGCGAGAUGGUCGUCGACGCCAUCCGCGCCAUGAAUGAGAUGUACACUGGUUCGAGCUGUCCGCGGCCUACCGGCCUCACUGGCCCUACGACCGCCCAGCAGGAGGCUCUGGCGGUGAUCCAGGAGGCCGUCGACGCCUUCGGAGUGCCCCCGCCCGACCUCACUCCCGCAGGAGCCCUCGAGGAGCUCCGCGUCGCGCAGUCAUGCGACCAGGAGUCUGCCGUGAUUGCGCCGGUGACCUUCGACCGCGUCGAUCUGAUCUCCCUGCCGAGCGUGGGCUCCGAACCGAAGUCCUUGUCUGCACUCAUCGGGGACGACAGCAUGAGUAUUGGUCAUCGCCUUCAAGAACUACUUUUGCCCCGUGAGCGGGGGCUUGCCCGGGUCGCGGAGCACGCUCCGAAGAGGGCGUAUUCGGAUCCCAACUUGAGGCCGGAGCGUGUCCUGGUGGAUCGCCUGCCUGCCCCUGUCGUCGACUCGGGCGUUGUUCAUACCGAAUACGUCGACAACUUCGUUGCGCUGUCGCUAUCGGAGGCCUCUGCUAUUGCUGCUGCCCGUCAGGUCGAUCAUCAUAUGCGUGCUGUGGGGCUGCCUACUCACGGGGUGGAGAGCGGAGUGGGCGGGGAGACUCUUGGCUGGUCCUUCGACUCGAACUCGCCCGUGAUCUCGCUCAACCCCAGGCUUAGGUGGAAGCUGUACCUUGGGAUUCAGGAGGUCCUCCGACGUGGGUUCUGUUCUGGAAAGGAGAUGGUGAGGAUCGUCUCGCACAUCGCGUCCAGGGUGCUCAUUAGGAGGGAGCUCCUCUCGUGCCUGGGGGCCGUCUACAAGUUUGGGGAGGUAUACCACAAUCGUUCUCUCGGGAAGCUGAGCGCCAACGUCUUGGACCCCGAGCCGCUGCUGUCCCUGGUCAAGGUCAUCCUGGAGGCCAGGUCCGGCGUGAUGGCGCUUAAGCACAAGCUUCGCUCCAAGAGGUCCUUUCGGAAGGUGGCAUGUCUGCUGCUGGCCUCAGGCUCGGCGGCGUACUGGAGGUGGCUGCCGUCCGAGUUCAACUCUGCCGACCCAGCAUCACGGAACCGGCCUGGUGCUAGGCGGCCCGCGGCGGCUCCAGCAGCCCCAGCGCCCACCCACCUUGGGCGCCGGAGCCGCUCCCAGAGCGCAGCUGCGCUGUCCUGGGGGGAUCAGGCGGACCGCCGAGUUGCCAGGAGGCGCGCCUUCCCCGCCGCCAACACGGCGGCGACCUCGGGCUCGCUGACCUUCCUGGAGACGCAGGCCGUGGGGGAGGCGACCCGCCGGGACUAUGCCGACAGGGUCUCGAAGUUCACGGGGUGGGCGACCUCGGUCCGGCUGCCGAUCGGGGAGGUGCCCGAGCUGGACGUCGCACUGGUGACCUUCUUCAACCAGCUGUUCUUCGACGGCUACCCGAGCGAGGAGGCGACGAAGUACAUGGCGGCACUGGCUCAUUGCCGCGCGGCGCCCGGCCGGCUGCAGGUGGCCUUCCCGAGGGCCGCUCGUGCUGCGAAGGGCUGGGCCCGGCUGGUACCGCCACGAUCCCGGCUGCCGCUGCCCUGGCCGAUUGCCUGCCUGAUGAUCGACUGGAUGCUGGAUGCAGGCGAGACGACAGCGGCGGCGGCGACGGCGGUCUGCUUCGCGCUGUACCUUCGGCCGGCAGAGCUGCUCAGCCUGACGCGCGAGCAGGUGAUCCCGCCUGCCGAGGGCGCCCCUCCGGGGCGCACCUUCCUGAACUUCUGGUCGGUGGUCCUGCAUCCGAUGGAGUGCGCUCAGCCCUCGAAGACGGGAGUCUACGACGAGGGCCUCCUUCUGGACAGCCCGGAGUUCACCUGGCUGCCACCGCUGCUGCAGGCGCUGCGGGCCCGAGCCGCGCCAGGCGGCCGCGUCUUCGACAUGAGCUACAACCAGUGGGCCCUGGUCUUCAGGCGUGCUGCGACAGCGCUGCACCUCGGCGUCCUGGGGCCGCCGACGCUCUACGCCCUCCGACACGGGGGGGCCUCCCACGAGUACCUCGCAAAGUUCAGAAGCCUCGACGAGAUCAAAAAGAGGGGGAGGUGGGUGUCGGACUCGUCCCUACGGCGCUACACCAAAGGGGGCCGCGUGGCAGAGCAGAUGCGACGGCUUCCGAUCUCCGAGCAGCGCCGCGCCACGCGCCUGGUCGACACCAUUGAAGUGUUCAGCGGGUCAGGGCGCCUCUCUCUGGCGUGGCGGCGAGUCUCCCGCGGCCGCCUGGCCGCCUUUGAGCUGGACCUCAAGCCCAGGGCCCCAGGGAGCACCUUCGGCUCCAAGCAGCAGCCCGCCGCGCCCGAACCCGAGCCGCGGGAGCCGUCCGUGCCCUCCAGCGUCGCGUCGCGCGACGGAGGUGGCACCAAGGAGGAAAAAAAGAGCAAGGAGCAGAAGAAGCAGGAGAAGAGGGAGGCCAAGGUGGCAAAGAAGCUGGCAAAGAAGCUGAAGAAGGAGCGUAAGCUGCAGAAGGACAUCGAUAAAGCGAGGAAGGACCUCAAGAAAGCGAAGAAGAUGCUCUCGGGGGGCCGAAGUCCAGGCAAGAAGAGGAAGCGCGCCGACUUCGCCUGGCAGUCCGGGAGCAGCAGCGGCAGCUCGAGCUGAGCGACCAGCGGCGCGUCUCCGUUCCCCGGGCCGCCGAGGCAACGACGACGGCGCAGGCUCAUCUGUUUCGACGUCGACGCGAACCAGCAGCCCAAGGGGGGUCUCUCUUGACGCGCUGCUGCCGAGGCAUCGACCAACAAGGCUAUGCGUGCAGCGCCCAUCCACGAGCAGGAGUGACCAGACCUGGCCGCCUGGUUCACAGAUAGGGGAUAUGCAGAAUGAGGCGCGACAUUGUGCGAAGAGCGUCUUGCUCUUUGGCCUCGCAGAACAAGAG